AAAGCCCGCUGUCCGCGUAGUUUAGUGACACUCAAAUGGCGGAUGAGCUUUUGAAAGACGGGGAGCAAAGCCCCGGGAAAGGAGGAGAUGGUGAUCAAGAAUUUGAACCUACAGCUGAAAUGUUAGUUCAUGAUUUUGACGAUGAGCAAACUCUAGCUGAAGAAGAAGCCAUCGCAAUUGCUGGUGGAGAGGAUCCUCAGAACGAGUUAAAUAACUUGCAAAAACCACAUGUCCAUACUCAGCCAAAUUUAGCCCUGACUAAAUUGUCUUCUACGCAGGAGUCGGACAUGCCUAUUGAACAGCUACUCGCACUUUAUGGCUAUGGGGACAGAGGUAGUGGCAGUGGAAAUGGAGAAGUAGCAGCACCAACGGAUGCAAGACUACCCGAAGAGGAAUUGGAUGAGGAAAUGGAAGAUGAUGAAGAAGAAGAAGACAAUGAUGAUGAUGAGAGUGUAGAAUCGGAGAGUAGUUCUUCAGGAAAUGCAAUAUCCGCUAAUAAAAAGGACCUGCCUGCGGAAGAUUCAGUAGCGCAUCCAUGCGAAGAAGCAGUUCGUCCUGUCAAGAAUAACAUUGAUAUCAAACCCCGCUCUGACCUACACCUUAUUUACUCAAACGAAGAAGGUAACGUUCCCGAAGCAAGGCUGCUUCGAUCGUCAGGAGCAGCCGGGGCCACCGCAUCAGAUGAAGAAGCCGACGAGGAGGACGACGUUGAUUAUGCACCAGGGGAAGACGAAUGGCGAAAGACGAUCAUGAUCGGCUCAGAGUACCAAUCCAGCGUUCCCUCCGGAUUGAGCCCUUACGACAACCUCCAAACGGUGCCUUAUGAAAAUGAAGACAAACUGUUAUGGACUCCUUGGGUCCUCGAUGACAAUGUCACGGACGAAUAUCUGCAGCGCUGCGCUCAAAUUCAGCAGGAACUAAUGAGAAGUAAACUCACUUCAUCUGCUACCCAACCGCUGCAGACACUUGCGCUACUGGCUAGCCUACCCAUGGGGGCUCAUACAAGAGAUGACGAACAGGCAUUGCAUCAGCUAUUGCAAUGCGGACACAACGUCGAAGAAGCCUUGCGGAGACGGAAAAUGAGCAACGUGACGCCAUGCGACACGGCCUCGCUUUGGUCAGAGGAGGAGUGUAAGAAUUUCGAGGCGGGUUUGCGUAUGUACGGCAAAGAUUUCCACCACAUUCAGCAGCAAAAGGUGCGAACGCGUUCGGUUGGCGAGCUCGUCCAGUUUUAUUACUUGUGGAAGAAAACGGAAAGACAUGACGUGCUGGCCAAUCGGGCACGACUUGAGAAGAAGAAGUAUGCCCUCCAUCCUGGUACCACCGACUAUAUGGAUCGUUUCUUGGACGAACAGGAACUACAAGGUACAACCGCUGCCGCCGCCCCUCACCACUUCACCCGCGAGCGGAGCAAUUCGCGCAGCAGCUCGCCCAAUGUCCAUUCUUUGAUUUACGGAGACCCCAAACGAUUACGGGUGACGGCCACGCCCCCUGCUGGCGGUGAGGAUGGCGCUCCAAAUGGAUUACCUGUUGCUGGCGAUGAGGCGGGACUUCUUGAUGGAGCGGACGAGAGUAACGGACAAGUCCUAAGCGCUGCGGCCGCUGCAGCCGCCGCCGCCGCUACUGUUCUCCCUCCUCCAUCAGAUGCCAUGACCGCGUCCAACAGAGACUUGAUGAGCUGAUUCCCACCCGUUAACCAUUCUUUU